AUGGACGUAUUCGACAAACAUUAUCAUACUUAUUGUACUAUAUUGAAAAUCAUUGGACUAUGGCCGUACAAUAACUCGGUCUAUGUGUGGAUUCAAAGAUUAUGGAUAUUGGCAUUAUUUCUUGGCAAUAUAAUAUUUCAGAUUAUGUCACUUCUAAGAUCUGAAAUUACGUUACGAAACUGUAUUUUAAUAUUUUCUACGACUUGUCCACUUAUAAUAAUUUUGUUACGAUAUAUAAGCUUUAUAGUAUUUUUUCCUAUGCUAAAACUUUUAUCUCACCAUAUGCGUGUGGAAGAAAAUAUAGUACAAGAUUUAAUAGAAACACAAAUACGAACGAAAUACAUCAAUGAUUCUUAUCACACAAUCGAAAUACUUUUGCGUGUGAUUUUUUUAACUGUUACAUUAUUUAGUAUAUUCUUAUUUUAUCUUGUAACAAUGGAUUUUAUAAUGCCUUUGAACGAUUAUCGUAGACAUAUUCUUCAUUACGUUACAUUAUUUUCUGUCAAUCGAACCAUAUAUUUUUAUAUUUUAUGCUUGGAUUUUUUAUUUGUUGUUAUAUUUGGAUCAUUAUCUAUAAUAUGUACGGAAUCGAUAAUCGGACUUUAUAGUUAUCAUACAAGUGUGUUGUUUAAAAUUAUUAGCCAUCGAAUACAAAAGAUUAUUAUAUAUUUAACUAUGUUUAAUCUCUCAUCGAAGCAAAUUGAUUCGAAACUCGCAGAGCUUUAUCGUGUAGUGGAUAUUCAUAAUCAAACUAUCAGGUUGCUAGUGAGUGCGAUUAUAGCUAAAAUGGAUCAAUUGGAAAUUUUAAUCUCUCUUAUCUUUUUUAUCAAUCAAUUAAUGAUAAUGUUUUUAAAGAACCACAAUGCUCAGAUACUUAUAAACAACAAUGAAGAAUUUUUUCAUGAAUUAUAUAUUUCAGUAUGGUAUUUUGUACCGUUAAAGGUACAAAAGAUUUUAUUAUUUAUUAUGAUACGAAGUUCAACGGCAUAUAUAUUUCACAUCUUUGGUGUGUUCAUUCCAUGCUAUGCAGGAUUUACAACGAUGUUGAGCACUUCGUUUUCAUAUUUUACUUUGAUAUACUCGAUACAGAAUUGA